CUUGAAUGUAGCACACACUGCAGCAGGGUACAAAUUUAAGCUGUGAGAUACAUCUUUCAAAUUUCCAAGAACAAAGAAAUCAAAUACAGAAAAUGAUUAAAAACGUGUCACUGGAUAAUGCAACAAUGGACAUGCUUAAGAAUCCUGAUAUUAUGAUCAUCUUACCAACUGUGUAUUCACUAGUUGUUAUUAUCAGUAUCCCUGGAAAUAUUUUCUCCCUCUGGAUUCUCUUCUUUCAUAUCAAGCCCAAAACAACAUCAAUUCUUCUCAUGAUUAACCUUAGCCUAACAGAUCUUGCAUUGACCUCCUGUCUUCCCCUUCAGAUUAUAUACCAUGUGAAGAAGAACCACUGGUCUUACGGCAAACAGCUGUGCAGCUACGUCACAAUAAUGUUUUAUGCAAACAUGUAUUCCUCCAUAUUGACUAUGACCUUCAUCAGCUUUGAGCGUUAUUUGGGGGUGGUAUAUCCACUGACCUCCCAGAAAUGGAGAAAAAAGAGAUAUGCAAUUGCUACGUGUAUUAUAAUGUGGUUUUUUGUAUUAUUCGCCUUGUGGCCCCUUGCCUCAACUAACCUGACUUACGAAGUAAAAGAACUGAACAUUACAACCUGUUUUGAUGUCCUUCAAUGGAAUAUGUUUCCCAGUAUUUCUGCAUGGGGAGCUUUCCUCCUGCUGCCCUUUUUUUUUUUUUUCUUGCUUCCAUUCACAGUUACCGUUGCUUGCUACACUGCCAUUAUUUGGAAGCUUAUUCAAGCUUCUCACAAAUAUGGCAAUGGACAGAAGACACGGUCGGUCUACUUGGCUAUAAUAGUGCUCUUGGUUUUCAUCAUUUGUUUUGCACCCAACAACUUUAUCCUAUUGGUACACAUCGUCAGCCGUCUCACAGAGAGAAGGGGUUACUAUCAUAUUUACAAACUCACCUUGUGCCUUAGUUGUCUCAACAACUGCAUAGAUCCAUUCAUUUACUACUUUGCAUCCAAAGAGUUUUAUCAGAAGUCCAUGCAAGUAGUAGGACGGAAGGUGCUACUGAGUGACAGUUCGGAGACUAGAAGGGAAAGUGUAUUAUCUACCAGGACAUCAGCAAGAUUUCUAUCAAGUGGACAUAAGGAUGGGUUGGGCGUGCUUAGAACAUGUUUGCAAAGGCAUGAAAGUGUUUUUUAACACUAAUGCUCAAAGAUGAAGCAAUUAUUCAUUCUAUUUCUUGAAACAAGUAAAGAAUGGUUAUCUCAAACAACUACUGUAUAAGCAAGAUUGGGAAAUUCUAUUCAAUACCAGGCAAAAUUCUUGUCUUCAGAUAUGGCAAUAAUAUACCUAUUGUAAUAUGUAGCAACAAAUAAAAUGUAAAGGAACAUUACCAUCCACAAAUCUCUUCCUAUGGCAGCAUUCAGCAAUGACUGUGAGUCAGGUUCAAGUUGUAUGCUUAAAACAGACACCCUGAAAUCAAUGUUGACUGACUGAUUUCAGUGCAUCUAACUCUACACAUGACUAAACCUGAAUCUACUUCCUUAUGAGGAAACCCAAUAUAUAUUAUAAUCUUUAAAUUCUACCAUAAGAAAACACAAUUAUUUUGUUGAAGUUACAAUCUUUGAACUGAAUUUAAUUAUCUGCCCAAUAUUUAUUUGGGAUUUCCUGGGUCUUUUAUGGUUAAUUGAUAUCCACUUGAGAAUUGUUGUCCACCACUGAUCUGUUUGUUUGUUAUACAAAAUAGCUAGCCAAUUGUCAUUUCCUUCAUUAUGACAUAUAUCAUUAUCAAUUGGUGGGUCCAUUUUUUUUAUUCUAUAAAUGUAUUUUACUUAUGUCAGUAAAGUUCCCACCACCAUUCUUUUUCUCCAAUGUACCAAUUGCAAUUAUCAUAAUUAAAUAUAUUUCAGGGAUUUAUUUACAGAGUCAUUUUCAUGUAUAGUCUAUUGAAGAGA